UUCUUCCACUGACCCGUCAUGUCCCUUGUAACCCGCUGGUUCUCAAAGGGUGGGCCAGAGAACUAUGAGGAAGUCCUCUCUGCACUUGCAGCAGAUGUUGCACGACGACAGACACGUCUGGCAGAGAUCCGACUCCGUGAGCGGCGGACGACACUCCAGUUCACGCUCGGAACGCUCUCUCUAUGGAUAUCAUUUGUAUACUUGUGGUAUACGCGUAUACUUCCUACAGCGUGGCAUGACUCCCUGCUAGCGAAAGUGGCAGUCCUAGUGGGACCUGUAAUAAUAUUAUUUAUACGGAGGAUGAUGCAGAUAUGGUAUUCUUGGAAAGGCGGACGCGAAGAGAAAACCCUCAGAGUUGUCACUCAAAAACAGCGAGCCAAAGUUGAAGAAAUUAAGAAAAAGACCAAUUAUGACUCAACACGAAGCCUGCUUGAGAAAUACGCUGACCCCGGCACCCCGAUACGCCGUCCGCAGCCUCCUUCACAGCUCCAUACGCCACUGUCCGCAACAUCACUGGCACAUCUACAAACACCUGUCGUCCAACAAAGGAAUCUACCUCUACAGCUUUCGCCAACGCCACAGCCAAUUCAGCCAAUUCGUAAGCGAUGGUAUGACAAACUCGCUGAUGCCAUUCUGGGUGAUGAGGAAUCAUCAAUGAACGUGGCUGCCUCACGCUACGCAUUGAUUUGCCAGAAGUGCUUCUCACACAACGGGCUCGUUAAAGAGAGCGUCUGGGAGGACACCCAAUACGUAUGCCCGAAGUGUGGCUUUCUCAAUCCUUCCGCCAGAACAAAGAAAUUGAGACUUCAACGCACGCCAUCGCCACCUGUCAAUGCGGAUAUGAACCCAACGGUAUCUCCGCAACGUACUCCUAUGGAGGGGGUGGAAUCAACCGCGCCGAUUGUCGACAUGGCGCCUGAGAAGAAAGAUGCACUCUGCAUCGUAACCUGUUCGUUUCAAGGAUCUAACAAACCUUGAGGACUUUUUGCUUGGUUUUUAGCUGUAGCAUCAUCACCAUUAUCGCAGUAGGUAGUCACAGUUGACCUCGUUUUGGUCCAUCACACCCCUUUCGAAUUCAUUUUACUGUAGCAUCGGUUAGUUAGUAGUAGUUUGACUCGCAAGUUGCAACAAGAAUUGGAUUCAAGUCUGUUAUAUUACUGUUGUACCGAAGCAACUGUUUUCUCCUAAUGGUCCUUGUCACUGAUGGAUCGCCGUGAAAAUCUUCAGCGUAACAUUUGAUGUCUCGUGAUUAGUUACUCAGGCCACACCAUACUUAUAUGAAGUCCCCGUUUACAUAAUGCGCAGUGCCGAUUGUGCAGAAGCUGAAUCUGAAGUUGUGGUGAUGCUGGAAGGGAUGAACCGGAAAGCAAGAUGCGACACCGUAGGAUGAUAGUAGGGCAGGCUCUCCUUUG